AUGGAUUGUUGCAAUGAAGAGAGUAGCGUGAAAAUACCAAAGUUACCCCUAUUGAGAACUCUACCAAUCAUGCAUUCACCAGAGAGAUCAGGAACAAAAACACCACCAUUUCAUAUCACAGUAUCAGUUCCGUUUGGUUGGGAAGAAGAGCCAGGAAAACCAAAACCUUGUACUGAUCUUGUUACAUUCUCAAAUCCAACAACUUUCAAGUGUUUGGAACUUCCUCCUAGGUUGUUGUUGGUUGAUACAAAAGUUCCAUCACCUACAAUAGUCUUUGAUGGACCCUACAAAAAAGAUUGUAGUGAUUGUUGUGAAAAACUAGGGAGUUUGAUUCUUGAGAAAGAAAUGGGGGUAAAGAAAAAAGUGUUGUUUGGUAAUUGGAGGAAAAAGGACAUUAAGGUUAAAAAACAUGUCUCUUUGUCAUCUUCUGUUGAUAAGGAUAAAGAUAAUGUUAUUGUUGGUGACAUUAUAGGUAGUGACAAGAAUGUGAAGAAGACCAGGAAGAAGAUAAAACAUUAUGGUAGCUUUGAUAAUCCAUUUCAUGUACCCAAGUCUUCUGUUUGGACAGAGAUGUGUGAAAGAUGGAAGCGUGUGGUUCAAUGGAAGAGUGAAAAAGUGAACAAGUAUCAUUGUUGGUGGUUUUAG